AUGGCAGAAAAAAUCACCUCAACCCCGGCCAAGUCAUCGCUCAGCACAUUCUGGUGGGCCUCGAGACACCCAACCCCCGACCCGACAACCUCAUUCGUCGGCAAAACGGUGCUGAUUACUGGUGCCAAUGCCGGGCUGGGAUUCGAAGCUGCGACGAAAUUCGCAGCGCUGGGUACAUCCAAGCUCAUCUUCGGCGUGCGAUCCCUGAAACGCGGCGAGGAAGCCAAAGCACGCAUCGAACAGAAGACCGGCUGCGCGGCGGACGUCAUCCAGAUAGUCCAACUGGACAUGAGCAACUAUGCCUCGAUCGAGGGAUUCGCCAAAGAAGUGACCACCGAGUUCUCAGAUAUCCACGCCGCAGUCCUUAAUGCAGGCGUCGCAGCACCAGCACACAAUCUUAGCCCCGAGGGCUGGGAAAUGUCGCUGCAGGUGAAUGUCAUUUCGACAGUAUAUCUCAGCCUGCUGUUACUGCCCAUCCUGCGCCGGACUGGCGAAACCACAGGGCAGGCCACACACCUGGAGUUCGUGACGAGUGUCGGACACGGCGAUGUCAAUAUCAAGAGCGUGCAAGACCCCCACAGAAUCCUGGACAAAAUCAACGACCCCAAGAAUUUCAACUUUAUGACACAAUACACCAUCACGAAGCUGCUGGAGGUCUGGGCCGUGCGAGCGAUUGCGGCCAAGGUGCCUGCCUCGCGGGUUAUUAUCACUGCGUCUUGUCCAAGUCUUUGCAAGAGUACGUUGGGCCGCAACUUUAACACUGUGCUUCGUAUUCUCGAUGCACUGAUGAAAGCGGUGUUUGCAAAGACUGCGGAGCAAGGGAGCCGGGUGCUGGUGAGUGCUGUUACGACUGGGCCAGAGGCUCAUGGCGGAUUCUGGUCGCAUGACCGGGUGGCAGAGUGA